GGGUCCCUCCGCCUCCUGCCGUCCUCACGUGGCCGCUCCUCCUCCCCGCCUCGGAGCCUGCGCGCUGCAGGUCGGAGGAGCCGGAGCCGGGCAGGGGCGCGCAGCUCGGCAGCCGGGAGCCCAGCUACCUUGGGAAACACAGGACGAAGAGGCAUGCCUGGUCUAUAGCUCUUGCAAUCCCAGAAUCCUCUUUGCUACCUGACUCUAAAUGGCCUCCGAAGUCCCCUGACAGGGAAACCGAGCCAACAGUCCACAGUGCCAAUUGAUGCCACACAGCCGCCUGUUUCCUCGGCACCAUGGAGGUUCUGGAUGUACCCGUCGGGAACCUCAUUGACUUCGACUCCGAACCUUCCACCACCGACACUUCCGACUCCGUCCCCCCUCCUUCUCUUCCGGCUCCGGAUGGCAACGGGCUGCUGGACCACUUGACGGACGACGUGACUGCCGUGGCCGAGGAGAGCGACGCCACCGAAUCGGCGGACAGCGAGAACGACACCACGGACUCCCCCACGCACCACAGCUGGAACAACCACCGCCGGUCUUCCUCCGAGUCCUACUCGUCCAAUCAGAGCACGGAGUCCGCCAAGGACGAAGCGACGGCUGCCAACCGGGAGUUUAUUCGGCAAUACGUGGAAAAGAUCUUCACCGGCGGGGAGGAAUUUGACCAAGAGGAAAAGGCGAAGUUCGGGGAACUCUGCAGUGGGGAGAAUGCGAAGGGCAGGGAGUGGUUUGCCCGAUACGUGAGUGCUCAGCGCUGCAAUUCCAAGUGUGUCUCGGAGCAGACCUUCUACCGGCUGGUGCAGUCUUUUGCCGUGGUGCUUUUUGAGUGCUUCCAAAUGGAUGACUUCAGCCCAGCAAAGAACCUCAUGACCAUGUGCUUCACCUACUACUACAUUGGCAAGCUGCAGGCUCUGCCCUCUGAGGCCAAAGAGAAGCCCACCGGAAGCAUCGAUUCCUACCUGAAGUCCGCCAACAGCUGGCUGGCCGAGAAGAAGGACAUUGCAGAGCGGCUGCUGAAGAACACCAAGACAGAGAACAUGAAGGGCUUCUUCGGGAGUUUCGAGUCCAAGCUGAAAUCCCCCAUGGCCAGGAAAAGCGAGGAUGGAGAAGAGAAGCCGAAAGAGAGAAUCCAGAAGUCAGUUUCUCUGUACACCCCGGAGGAGGAAGAAGAAAAGGCCGGGGAGAAGAUCUACCUGUACAUGCACCUGAAGCAGCAGCCCAUCUGGCACACCCUGAGGUUUUGGAAUGCAGCCUUCUUUGAUGCCGUCCACUGCGAGAGGCGGAAACGGUCGCCCACCACCAGAGGGAAUGCUGGAGAGGAAGAGGAAACAAGGGAGAAGUGGUGCCACAUGACCCAGGAAGAGCGGGAUGACAGCUUGAGAUUUAAUGAGAACAUCACCUUUGGACAGCUGGGCACCUUCACCCACAACAUGCUGGCUUUUGGACUGAACAGGAAGCUCUGUAACGAUUUCUUGAAGAAGCAGGCAGUCAUUGGGAAUCUGGACGAAGAGCAGUUCAAGCUCUUAAGCGACCACAUCGACCAGAUGGCCACCGAGUAAAGACGCAGCCGGCCUGCUGUAUCCGGGAAUCGAGCGCGGAAGCCGGCGAGGGCGGAAGGGUGGAAAACCCGUCUGAAACUGCUGCAAUGCUAAGACGGGCUUUUAAAAACAAAAAAUAACAAAAAAAAAUAACCAACCAACUGCAAGAAACCUGCAUGACCAUCAUCCAACUGUGUAGAGCUGCGCUGGGCAGCCCGUAGAUGUUAGGAGCUCAGCCAUCCAAGACUCCUGCCCGGUUUUGCCGCCCCCUCCUUUCCUUACAGCCGCCUCCUGGUGAGCUACCUGAAUAGUGUUGCAGGGGAAUUUUCUGUCUGGGAGGCAGACAGGAAAAGGAACUGCGAGAGACUCUGUAGAGGUGGGAAGCCCGCCUCCCUCGGCGUCGUUGCCAAGGGUUCCUUGCCAGGUUUGCGCUGCUCCACUUUUAAUAGUGAAUUGUUAAGCUUGGAAACGGGUGCGAGAGAUGGGGAAAGAGGCAGCCGGUUCCUCUGCUGCUGUGUGACGUACUAGAGAAAGCCAGGGCUUUGGAAGGCAAGGAGAGCUGAUGCGGUGGAGGAAGGCGGUGGGAAUGACUCCACGGCCUGGUUUGGAGACUUUGUGGUGAAUCCAAAGGACGGCUGCCGGCAACUGUUUCCGUAUCUUUCCUACAGAGUUAAGUGUGAAUGUCCGUCCAGAGGGAAAUUGUAAGGGCCCUUUUGCUGGGCCCUUUCUCCCGGCCACUUCCUUGCUACGAAGCGAAGGUGCAGAAAAGGCCCGGCAGAGGUGUCGAGAAGUUCAAACUCUUUUCGAAUGGUCAGGUGGAUCCGUGCUAAAAGGUAGUGGAGAAAGAGAGAGUCUGAUCCUGGAGUGCCAACUCCAUAUCUCUGGCAGUGUUUUAUUCAGAGUUGUAUUACAGGUCUCUGUGUAUGUGAAUCUUCCGGCCUCUUUGCCGUGGUGUUUGUUUUUUUAGUGGUUAGCCUGCAGAAAAUAGCCAUGGGGGGGGGGGCGUUGCCCUUUUUCAAGCCUAGGUGGAAAGAGAAGCAGAGGCGCAGCAUUUCGGAGGCGACGUUGGCGUCCUCCUCCUUCAGCAGGCUGGUCUGUGACCACCUUUGUAAAAAUCCGACCGCUGCUCAGGGGGCCAUUUUGAAGCUUAAGCUGAGGACUUUCCUAGCGGAGUGAACGGCUGACGGCCAUUUCUUGGCCCAUCCCUCUCGAACCAACUUUACCAAGGCUUCCUAGAGGAUGUGGUUAAUUAUGCCCUCCGCGUUUGUCCUCAAGCUUAGUUCAACCUCACUUUGUGGCCAGUUAAAUCCUCUUUCACUGUACUUCCACAACAACAACCAAAAAGUUGUGUGAGCUUUUACUCUUGGAUACCGGUAUAACUGGGGUGUGUAACUCCAGAGUUAUUCAAUGACUACUUGUACAGUGGAGAUCUGUAGCUACCUACUGUAUUCUGCUAGGCUCCUUGGGAGGGAGUGAUAGCAAGCGAAGGGCUGUUUUGCUCUUGUGCACACGUGUUUUUCAGGAACUCCGGAGAUUUUGGACAUAUUUAGUCUGUGCCUGUAACUUCCCUUGAGUCCAGUAGAGGGAACCCAAGAGCAGGUUUAGGAAUUCUUUUCUAUUAGGCCUGAAAAAUUCUUCUGUGUUUAGUCUAAACUAUGAAAAGGGGCUUGUUACAUUUGAUGGAUGUGGGAGGGGAGGAAAUAGCAUCUCAUUUGAAACUAGACUUGGAGUGCCUUGGAAGUGGUUAUCUAACAAACGAUAGGCCAGGGGAACUGCAGCAGAAAUCUGGAUAUUUCCAGCAGGGUCGGCGUGCAAAAUCUCCAUAGAUCUACCUUGAAAUGACAAGUUCGGGAACAAACAGUGGGUUUUGGGAGUUGCAGUAAUGAGAGAAGCGGUAUCUGCUGAAAUUCUCCCCCUUGUGCUGCUGUUGGAAGACACUUUUUCCUGGGUUUAGCCCUGGGAAAUUUUAACAGGCAGUCCUCAACCAUCUCUGAGAUUUUCAGAAAUCCUACCAAGAUCUUUUCGCUAGUGCAGGAUGAGAUUAAGGCCCCCCCCCACACCUUUCACGUUGCAAAGUAAAAUGAAUGUGCAGAGCGACAGCCAAAAAAGGAAGAGCUUGUGGUUUAGCAGGAGCAGAAUUCCCGUCUGUACCUGGCGCAGGUUGGACUUUAGAUGUUGACUGUAAAGUCGAUCACGAUGGGAAAAAACGGUCUGUCUCCAUCCUCUUGAUGGCUGCAAGGCUAUAUUUUUAACUCUAUGCAUAUCGUCACGUGGUGAUACCUUAUUCCCUCCCAGACUCUUGUAACGAGUGCUGACGUGAACUUUUCCUUCCCAACUUCCAUUAUUUAAUUUGGAGGGGGAACGCACUGAGCCAUUUGGAAGGGGAAAAACUCGGCGACUUUCUGAGCUUGGUCACUGGGCGUAAUUGAAUGUUGUCCGUGUGAAAGUGGAAGUCUUUAUUGCAAUCUCCAGGACCUGCUGGUUUGAGAUGCUGUUUUUUUUGGGGGGGUGUAGUAUUGCAUUUCUUGCAGGGGACAAGAAAGGGGGCUAGGCCACUGCUUUUCUUGUUCUUCGAGCGACCUCACAGGCUGGGAUCGAAAGGCAGGAUUCCGCAGCUGCAAACCCACCUGUUCCUUUUUUUCUGCCAAAUUUUUUUUUGUUAAUGCAUCAUCUUGCGUACGUUUCUCCUUCCUCUCAGUAGAUCGCUGUUCUCAGUAUCUAGCAGUGAAAAAUCUCCAUUGUUUCCGAAAGUCUUGAAUCUUUCAAAUACAAUAACAGGCCAAGUGUUCGUGUUGCCAUCUGUUUGUGGCUUUCACUGGAGUUCAUGAUGCUCUGUUCGACAUUUUUAUAUGUAAUAUAUAAAUUAUACGAUGAUAGAUAUCUCUCUCUUCCUCCAAGUUCCGUUGUUUGAUGAUGUGUGUUGCCACGUUCUGGUGUGUCAGGUGUGGUUGUUCAGCGACGGAUGUGUUGUGCUGAAACUGUGUGAUUGUACCCUUUUUGUGGAAUAUUGCUGUUUGAGAAAACAUGCGUUGAGAACGCACCGAGUUUUGGUUGUGAAAGGAUCUGGGGAAACGAAGAUGUGAAAUAAAAACCUUUUUAAAAACCC